UCGUAGUGGUACUGUCCGGUGACGUCGAACGCGGGAGGUGAAAACGUGGUUCGGUUUGUGUGCGAAAAAGGAGCUUUUGAUUCGGGAGGAAAAGGUUACACCACACCGACUGUCAGAAAUGGCCCGAGACUGGAAGCCAGGUGAUCUGAUUUUUGCCAAAAUGAAAGGCUAUCCCCACUGGCCAGCGAGAAUAGAUGAAGUCCCAGAUGGUGCCGUGAAGCCGUCCAACAUCAAGUUACCCAUCUUCUUCUUUGGCACCCAUGAAACUGCCUUUCUUGGCCCCAAAGACAUCUUUCCGUACCAACCCAACAAGGAGAAGUAUGCCAAACCAAACAAGAGGAAGGGUUUCAACGAAGGACUAUGGGAAAUUGAGAACAACCCUAAAGUGGAGCUGACGGCACCCAAACCAAUUCAUCCUGAAUCUUCAUCUGAGAAGGAUUCAGAUGCUGGCCUAGAGGGCGAGGAUGAGGCGGGCGACAAGGAAGCCAAGUCAUCCAAAGUUCCAGGAAGCGAGGCUGAGGAGGUGGAGGAGGACGACGACGACGAUGAGGAAGGCUCUGUGAUCACUGAGCAGGGCCCUCAGAAACAGGAUGAUUCGGUCCAGCCGGAGGCACCUAAACCCAAGAGGGGACGAAAAAGAAAGAAUGAGGGGGAGCAGGACGCUGAGGCAGGGGAAGCUCCCCCAGCCAGUCCAGUCAGUCCUGCGGGUGGGGAGGUCCCCAAAAGACGAGGAAGGAAGCCCAAAAGUGAAAAGUUACUUCUGCUGCAGCAUCAAGACCGACCAGGCUCAGGAAGUGAAAUAGACACGGCAGAGUCCGAUAAAAAAAGGAAGAGGACAGCGGAGGACAAGUCCAAGAGCUGCGAGGAGGACAAGCCAAGGAAGGAAGACAUCAAGGUGAAGGACGGCGAGGGGAAAGAGCCUGAGGCCAAGAAGAAAAAGCAGUCCAAAGACGGGAACUCCUCGGGUGCCUCGGAUGAUGACGAGAAAAACAAAAGCAAGAAAAAACAUCAGAACGCCGACACAGACAAGGAUGGACGGCGGCGGAAAGAGGAAUCGAGCAAAGAUGACCCCAAGAAAACUGAAGAGCGGUCCGGGGCCAAGAAAAAGGACCUCCGCUGCGGCAACUCCUCCAGGAGUUCAGAACAUUCCGACGUGAAGAAGUGCCUGGAUGCCCUGGAUGAGAUCAGCACCCUCCAGGUGACCACGCAGCACCUGCAGAAGCAAAGCGAACUUAUCGCCACGCUGAAGAAGAUCCGCAGGUUUAAAGCCAGCCAGGACGUGAUGGACAAAGCCACCAUGUUGUACAACAAGUUCAAGACCAUGUUCCUGGUGGGCGAGGGCGAGUGCAUGCUCAGCAAGGUCCUGAACAGGUCCUUGGCCGAGCAGCGGCAGCACGAGGAGGCCAAGAAAGGAACGCUGCGGAAAGCGGAGCAAGCGCAAGAAAAUAACACGGCCGCAGACAAGGCAGGCGAUGGAGAUCAGAGCACCGUGGAAAACAAGCAGGAACCAUGUGAGGAUGCCUCGGCGAGGGAGAACCUCAGCGCCCCCGUUGCUGCGGAGGCCUCCACCUGACGAUCCGCCCCGCUCCCUCGAGGUCUUCACACUGGGGUGUCACACCCGUCUCGUUGCUUGCAACUUGAACUGGUUUCCGCGUUAACGAGCAUUCUCGUCAACGUUGCUGCUUCAAGUUAUCGAUCCUUCGGUAGUGGUAGUAGUAGAAGACAACGCAGUUUGUCAGCUUUUACAGUUACCGUAGUUGACAAGAACGUCAGCUUUUACAGUUACCGUAGUGAAGCAAAAAAAAGCCGCUUCAUUUCAAACUGUUUUUUUUUUUAAAAAGUGGUUUCUUCUUUUAAACGUGUGUAAAUAAGAGUUAUUUUUGUGCCUUUUGGUUUGAUACGUUUCAGCGUCAAAUAAAGUCGUGCACAGUACGACCCGGUGAGCUGUGA